AUGGAGUCCCAACACUGCGCAGGCUCUGGUGCCUCCACCUACACGCUGGAUAGCGGCAUCGGGACCUUCCCGCUGCCCGACUGCAGCGGGGCCGCAGUUCGGGGUCUCUCCAAGGCGCGGGCCGGAGCCGAGCGCCACUCCUCGGGCUCCCCGGGGCGGGCCGGGCGGCGGGCCAGGACCCUGGACAGAGAGCCCGUGACCCAGGAGGAGAACUACACCGCUCACAAGCAGCUGAUCCCCACCAUCCAGUACGCCUCCGCGCUCGAGGGGAGGGGCUCCGCCGGGGUCAUCCGUGAAGACCCCUAA